AUGGACCCAAACUCUGGCUUGCUUCCUCCUCUGUCCCGGGCUUGCUCCCAUCUGGCAGAACCCUGUAUGGAAGGUGAGAGAAGCCCAGUCCCCCGAGAGAAGGGCAGAGACUCCCCCUUUGCCUGGAGCCCAGGCCCCAGCUCCAGCUUUGCCGACCCUGACUGGUUUUGGGAUGAGAACAUCCAAGCAAAGCGGGCCAGGGUGGAGACCAUCGUCCAAGGCAUGUGCCUCUCUCCUCACGCUCUGGCUCUGGGGCCAGGCAAUGCCGGAGCCAGGGACGGCGCAUAUUGUGCAGAGAAGGCCCGGGAGCGGAAGAGGAAGCAGAGCCUUCCCAUGCAGCAGGGCCCUCUGAAGCCAGGCCCUGUCAGGGACCAUGGCAGCAGGAAAGGGGGCCCUCGGGUAAGAGAACAGCUCCAUCAGCUGAAGCAACAGCUAAGACAUUUACAAAAGCACAUCCUGCAGGCUGCUGAGCCCAGGGACGCAGCCCAGGACCCAGGAGGCUCCGAGACGGACAAGGGCCCUCUGAGAGUAAAGCAGAGGAAGGGCUGUGGAUCUAGGCCCUGGGCUAUGGACAGUGACCACUACCAGGGUUCCCGUGCGGACCUCUCUGGGGAGGAAAAACACAGGGCAUCUGAGGUGGAAUGCCAGUCUGGCGAGCCCAGAUUCCUUCCCUGUGGAGCACGGGCUUUGUUGGAGAUUCUGAGGAAAGAACUGACCGGGGCUGUGGCCCAAGCUGUGGACUCAGCAUUACAGAAGGUACUAUUGGAUCCAUCAGGCCACCUGACUCAGCUGGGCAGCAGCUUCCAGGGGCUUGUGCCAGAGGGGAGAAGUGAGCCCUCACCUCCUGAGAGAGGAGCCUGUAAAGAUCUGUUUCCUUUGGCCACCUUGCCCAGGAGGCCCCAGCCACAGACUGGGGUCCCAUUGCGAAACCUAUCACUGGCCAAGUCUCUGGAUCCUCCUCGGUACCCUGUCUCUCUGAGGAUGAUCCCCAGACCCUAUCAGGGUCCUCCAGCAAACUGUCCUUUGACGGCGCCUUCCCACAUCCAGGGAAAUCAGAUCCUUGGCCAGCUACUGGGUCACAGACCCAGUGGUCACUGGAGCAGCAGUCUUUCCCAUGACUCAUCUUCCCAAAGCCUUCCCUCCUCAGAGCCGGCCCUGCAACCGUGGGGAGCGGUCAAACUGCGACCAUCAGUUCUGAGCCAGCAGCAGUACGCCUUGCCCUUCACUUCCCCCCGUUUGGAGAGACUGCCCCUUCUUCCCUCAGUGAAGAUGGAACCGGGCGGUCUGCAGGCCGCCCCCGACGUGCUGCCUUUUCCUUCACUGCAUAUCCAGGAGGGCCUAAAUCCUGGUCACUUGAAGAAGGCCAAACUGAUGUUUUUCUUCACACGUUAUCCCAGUUCCAACCUCCUGAAGGCUUACUUCCCUGAUGUCCAGUUCAACCGCUGCAUAACCUCCCAGAUGAUCAAGUGGUUCAGCAACUUUCGUGAGUUUUAUUACAUCCAAAUGGAGAAAUUUGCCCGGCAAGCAAUUUCAGAUGGUGUCACAAAUCCCAAAAUGCUGGUGGUACUCCGCGACUCGGAACUUUUUCGAGCUCUCAAUGUGCACUAUAACAAGGGGAAUGAUUUUGAGGUCCCAGACUGCUUCUUGGAAAUUGCCAGCUUGACGUUACAGGAGUUCUUCAGGGCUGUCUCCGCGGGGAAAGACUCAGAUCCUUCCUGGAAGAAACCCAUUUAUAAAAUUAUUUCGAAACUAGACAGUGAUAUCCCAGAGAUAUUCAAAUCUUCCAGCUAUCCCCAGGAGCUGUUUCGGAAUUAAGAUCCCACCAAGUGAGGAGCAACUGGCCAGGGUUUCCUAGGUUUGUCUUAAACGGCAGUCAGUGUAGCUGUAGUCAAAUGAAAAAGGCAUAAGGAGAAACCCCCCACAUAGGUCCUAUUCAUUUAUUUCCUUUUUCAGAAUCGUCAGAGUCUUAAUCCUAACUAUAAAAUAUAUCAACCAAACAUAAUGGUGUGUUGGCAGCAUAUUGCAAAAGGGACAUCACAGUUUGGAAUCAGAACUUAAAUCUCCACUCCCCUGUUUCCC